UGAAUCUGCUGCUUAUUUUAUUGUUGCUUUUCAAAUUCAGAACUAAAUUAUCAGUCGCAUUGGUCCUGAUAGGAAUAAUAGUUCUACUGUGGUCAGCGCAAAUCAUUCUGAUGUGUUGUAACUUCAGACAGCCGUGUUAUAUUUUAAUUGGCUUCGUUAUUCUCGAAGACUUCUUGACGAUUAUCUUCUGCUCCUUAACUAGAAGAUUCAAAAAAGGAGUAGCAAUUGCAAUAUUGUGUAUUUCAGUGGCUUGUUUUGUGGUUGCUUUAUCUACGAUUUAUGUUGGACGGUUAGGUCCUAUUUCGAUUGAGUUGGCCGGUGGCAUUUUGAACACUGCAGGUGAUUUGUUAGCUGUGCUUUUAGCCAGCUUCCUCAAAUGACCUGAAAAUCGGAUGACACUCACGAUCAUGAUUCAUGAGCUGUGUUGAAAUACAUACCAUAGUGACG